CCGAGCGGGAGCAUUCAUGGACCAUCAAUAUCAAAGUCAGAGGCAUCGAUGGCCACGCGAAGAGUCAAACCUCUCGCGGCUAGCGACCUGGAUUCCACCACGAUUUACGGAAGUAAAAUUUUGGAACUGCGUCGCCGUAGCGAAGCUACUGUAGGAGGUUACAUCUGCUCUUUCGAUUCGUACCCGGUUACAGUUGAAGCUCAUGAAGUCUCUUCCCUUGUUGGGAUGGGCUUCCUAUCGUGAUGGAUUCGAGUGGAGAUCGACGAUCCCCAGCGAUUGUACGUUGUAAUCUAUUCUUCUUCUUCGAGCUGGUCGAAAUUCGAUGUUUAUUAAGGUGUCGAGAGAACGAUUUCCUUCUAUGCCGUUUGCAUUUUCGGCUGCAAGGAAUCAUCGAGUGCUCCGAAGAAGCUCGCAGUUUCUCGACUGCCGAUAACUUUGGCUCGUUGGCAAUCUCGCCUGGCCAGAAAAUCGAGAUUCUGACAGAAGCGAGUGAGACAUCGUCGGUGGAUGAUUUGCAACCUGGCAGAAACUCAUGGACGCCGGGAAAACGACUCCCAAACUCCACGGGGGGCAAAUGCAAAGCACAUCGUUGUGAAAGAGGCUUGAGUGUUCUAUGCCCUUGAUGGAAAUAUGAUUGAGUACAGAAGCAAGUACUGGCAGCAGAAGAUGUACUCAUGCUACUCGGAUACGUUGUCAAGCAGGAUCUACUGCAGUCCAGGAAGAACAUACCCAGGACCAGAGUGUUUCACACGUCUUCGUGUAAGUUUGUGGGAAUCUCGACGAGCUUGGCGGGUUCUACGCCAUCAUCAAUGAGCCCCACCGGCACACCAGAUGCCGACACACUCACAAGACCUUCGUAUUGUACCGUUCAACGUUUGGAGCAAUGAUCUUGUGAUCAUGAAAUUUUUAUACUAGUUUAGAUCCAGACAUUGAUGAUUCUGAUCUAGUUGGUGAGACACAUUUAGUGGCUGAAACAUGGAGAUAAUCAGACUCCAACGAAGGACUCAUCUGUCGUUUCGGAACGGAAUUUACUUAAAUACGACUCCUCUCGCUGAGAUUGUCAUGUCAUGCGCAUGCUAGCAUGAAGCAGUUGAGCGUACAUCUAUACGAAUGUAAAAUUGAUGAUAAAUCGUAAAUGCCUCCAUCCUGUGCGUCUAGGCUUUAUGCCCAUUUGUACG